AUGACGCAGACGAUGUCAAUAAACAUGGCAGCGCUCAUGUACAACGUGAGCCGUGGAUUUAUUUUAAAAGAACAUAGUUUGUUAUUAAGAGGACAUAAUCAGUAUUUGCUGGACUCGAGGAGAUAUGUUCGUGCUCUUCGGCGGAGACCCGUGGCUGUUUUAUAUUCUGACGGUGAGCGAGAAACACGGAUUAAAUCAAAUGAAUCGGCCAAUAAAAUCAAUCAAAAGUUCUUGAAACAGGGACGUGAAGGGACUAACAAGUUUGAUGAUAAACACACCAACGAAAAAAAGAGAAAGGAAGUCACAAAUAAUAGGACUAGACAUGUUAAUGAGUGGAUUAAGGACAAACUUGAUGGGCUGCGGUACGAAAAGGCCACUGCGGGUGAUAAGAGACUUGCACAUGUGGCAAGUAUUGGCCGCUCCAGAGCUUUUCGAGAUAAGGAAGGAAUGGUCCUGCUUGAGGGGAGGCGUCUGAUCUGUGAUGCUCUUGCAGCUGGAGCGUCUCCUCAGACGUUGUUCUUCAGUGCAGUGGAGAGACUGCAGGAACUCCCUUUAGAUAAACUUCAGCAGGCCAAACUGAUCAAAGUCAAGUAUGAAGAUAUGAAGACCUGGUCUGAUCUGGUCACCCCACAAGGUGUUAUAGCCAUAUUCUCAAAACCUGAUGCCUCUCGUCUGGCAUUUCCAAAGGACACAAUACUAAAGUCAGUUCCUUUGUUCCUAAUAUGUGACGGUGUGCGAGAUCCUGGGAAUAUCGGGACUAUUUUACGCUGUGCUGCAGCUGCAGGCUGUGACCGUGUUCUCCUCACCAAAGGUUGUGUGGAUGCAUGGGAACCAAAAGUUCUCCGUGCAGCAAUGGGUGCUCAUUUCCGCCUCCCUUUAUUUUCUCAUUUAAGCUGGAAUGACAUCUCCAAACACUUACCACUGGAUAUCACUGUCCAUGUAGCAGAUAACCGUAACCAUUUUACCAAAGACCUUGUAUCAGAGACGAUACCUACUACUAUAGAAAAUGCUAGUUGCAGUGAGUACAUUGAAAGUGACACUGAAGAGGAAUCGGAUGAUGGACUUGCACUGCCGUGUGCAAAGCAGCAGGUGUACCAUGAGAGGUGGGCUCAUAGGAGCACAGCAUUAGUCAUUGGUGGAGAGACACACGGACUAAGUCAGGAGGCUCUGCAAUUGGCUGAGAAAACUGAGGGUAAAAUACUUUUUGUGCCUAUGGCUGCAGGAGUGGAGAGUCUGAACUCUGCAAUGGCUGCUAGUAUACUGCUGUUUGAAGGCAGAAGACAACUUCUGUUAGACAAAGGGAAAAGAAAAGCAAGAUCGAAAUUAUACUCAUGAGUGUUUUAUCUGUAAUGUAUAAAAUAAAGGUACUGUCCUAUUCUCUUAGUCUUGAAUGUUUUGCAUCACA